AUGAUUGCUAAAAACGAUGUUAUUAUCCUAUAUUGUUUAAAAUUAGAUAGUGAAUUAGGUUUAUGUGCUCGACGUUUGGCUUAUUUGCAUGUCAUUAGUGAAAAACCAGCUAUAUUGUCUGUUUUGAUCGAUGGAAACUAUAAUAAAACAACACGAGAUGAUUGGUCUUCUUAUUUUUUUGGUUUAAUAGGUUCGAGUAUUGUAAUUGCUCGUUUUGGAAUUCAUCAAAUACGAGAAGAACAUAUUUUUGAUAAGACAAUAUGUAUUUUAGAAGAAAUUCAACAAAAUAUUCAUGGAAAACAAUAUUUAUUUAAUGAUCAAUUUACAGCUGCUGAUUUAACAUUAACUGCAUUGAUUCAACCUUUGAGAAUGAUACCAGCUUUAUUUAUAAAAUAUAAAAGUGUAUUAGAAUAUUGUGAUCACAUUCGUGAACGACAUGAUCCAAAAGAAUUCGAAGAUUCUUAUGUAGAACGUUUACUUAAACAUCACCGUCAAAAAAGACGAUCAUCACAAUAUCAAUCAAUAUUUCGAAAUAUAAUUUGGUAUAUUUUUUAUAUUGUAUUUUAUCCAUUCAAAUUCUUAUUUAUUACCACUGGUACGCAAACAAAUCACUUAUAUCAAUAUCCAUCAACGAAUCUAACUGAAAAGGCACAUAAUGAUAAUCGAAUAUUGAAAUUUCAGUCAUUAGUCAAUAAGGCAAUCUUUUUUAGCACAUAUUUAUGGCAUUUCUGUUUUACUAUACCGAAACAAAUGGAAUUUGUCAAUGAAGAAGGAAGUCGAAUUUUGCAUAGACACUCGUAA